CGCAAGGCAUCAUGGAACAUCUACACUCAAAAUGGCGGCAACAGAGAGAGUGACGAGACUGUGCCAUGAAACCAGCUUAUAGCUUCAAUCUAUCUUACAAUUCCGUGUAUCCUUUGGUUCAGUAUGCUUUAUAAGCCCAAAGGGUCAAUUGUCCAGUUUAACUGGCAAGAUACGCAAGAGGGAAGGGAGUAUUUCGGCGGAAUUCUACGACGGAAUCGACGCAAAUUCUUCGGGAUGUUAGAGAUGCCCAGUCUACCACUGCAGUCUACAGCAGAUGUUGUUUCCUACAAGAUCUUUCUUAGUGGAAAACCAGGCAUCGGAAAGACAAGUACUAUCGCAAAGCUUUCUGGUCAAGAAGUCCCUCACAUGCAUAUAGAAACCCCUGGCAUUCAGACGUCAGUUGUAUAUUGGCCUGCAAAGCUGAUUAAUUCUUCCAAGGUGAUUCUAUUCAAGUUUCAUUUUUGGGAUUGUGGAAGCCACUCCAUGAAAAAAUAUGAUCACCUGUUGCCAGCAUGCAAGGCUAAUGUUGAUGCAGUUCUUUUCAUGUUCUCGUUCACUGACAGAUCAAGCUUUGAAGAUCUUCCAAAUAAUGUCAGUUGUUUUCUUGAUGGACAAGAAAAUGUUUUGUCAGCAGCGGUUGCAACAAAACAUGACCAAGUACUACACGGUGAUAUCACGGAGCAAGAACUCCGAGACUUUGAAGAGCAGUGGUCCGUGCCAGUUCUAAAAAUAGCCAAUGUGAACGGACCACGCCUAGCCGAUGGGUACAGCCUUGAUGGUAGGGCAGGCAUUAUGGAGAUCGCUUCAUUUCUGAACUACUUGUCCGAGUUGCUAUGGCAACGUGACCAGUCUGUCAUUGCAAGUCGAGAGGCUUCAAGAGACCGUGUGUCACGCCAGUCAUCAGGGUCGAGUCAGCAUUCGCGCUCCUCUGCCGACCAGAGAUUUGUGCUAAAUGUAGAGAAGUAUAUAUAGAUAUAUAGAUUGCGUGACAUAUUGUGACAUAUGGGCUCAAGUCAGCACUCACGUUUCUCUGCCGAUCAAAGAUUUUAGCUCAGCGUAGAGAAGUAUAUCAAUAGAUUGCGUGACAAAAUGACAAAAUUGUCACACAAUUCACUUUACUUGGGCUGCGUGUCAUAUAGUGACAUCGAGUCAGCAUUCCCGCUUCUCUGAUCACCAGAGAUUUCUGCUGAACGUAGAGGAGAAUAUACAUGGAUUGCGUGACAUAAUGACAUCUGUCACACAAUACACUUGGGCUGCGUGCCAUAUAGCCUCCUCCGCAGGCAACUCAUAAUGAAAAGGACAAAAAGAAUGGGUUACCUGUGGCGAAAUUGCGGAGGAGGGAGACUUCCGGUUUGUCACUUCCGGUUUUUUGCCACAGGAAACCCAAUUCUUGUUUCUUUUUCUGGUCUUUGAGAUGCCUGCGGAGGAGGCUACGUGCCGUGACACCGAGUCAGCAUUCGCGCUACUCUGCCAAUCAAGGAUUUGUGAACGUAGAGAUUGCGUGACACAAUGGCAUCUGUCACACAAUACGAACCCCUUGGCCUGCUUGUCAUUGUGUGACAUCGAGUCAGCAUUCCUGCUUCUUUGCCGACCAGUUAUAUUUGUGGCGAAUCGUUCAGCUUAAAUCUCUGGUCAGCAGAGGUAAGUAUUUGAAGAUUGCGUGACAAAUUGUGACAUUUGGGCUCGAGGCUGUAUCUCCGAUCCUCUGUCGACCAGAACUUUUGUGCAGAACCCGGUGAAGUAUUAGGAGACGAGGAAGCGAUCUCGGUUAUUUUCUUCUAUUUGAAUGAACAUUGUUUUUCAGUUAGAAAGCUGCUAAGAAAAACGCUGUUUAAAACAGUGUUUAUGAAUCAAUAAAUCUUUGCCUUUUUGUAACAUUAAUGUAAAAGGAACAUUGUUCCGAAGAGCGAAUGCAAGCUUGCCUAAAGUUUCGAUAAAAUUGAAGAAACUGUCAUGGUUAGAUGUUCUGUUUAAAUAUUUGCAGUAACAAAAGUUUUGUUACUAUUAUCAAAACGUGAAGAGAUAUAUAUUUUUGAACAAAAAUUAUUAAUGCAGUAAAAAAGCCCGACUUAUUGUAAUUGCUUUCCUGUUAUUAAAUAAAUUUGCGCCAAAAAGAA